AUGUCUUUUAAAAAAUCUUUCAAUUCAAGUGCAAAUAAGUUAAAAAAUAAUGAAACAAAGAAUUUACAACUUGUCGAUCAACUUAAUCGUUUUGAACAAGAACGAAAUGGAUGUGAAUCAUUACUUGAACAACCGAAACUUGUUGAUAGAUUUUUUUCUGAUUCCGAAAUGAAUGAUUUGACAAUACUCGUACGAUUUUUUCGAUUUCUUUUACAAUCAAUGAAUACAUCAAGACAAAAUACUUCUAAACUUCUUAUACGUUUACCUGGUUCUAAUCUAUUAAAUUUUUCAUAUUCAUAUCUCAUAUAUUCUUCACUUGCUGAUGAAAAUCAAAAAGAUUUAUUAGAAAAAUUUGUUGAUAUUUUAUCUAAAAUUUUACAACUUUUACUUGAACUUCAUCCAUCCUGUUGUGAACAAUUAGAUUCUCUGGGUAUAUUUGAUCGAAUCGAACGAUGCAAUCAAAAAAUUUUGAAUGAAGAUGUACAAAUAGAAGUUACUACACUUAUCUCUCGAGUAGAUGAAUUACGUACACAACAUAUAAAAAGAGUUGAAAAAUAUAAACCUGAAGUUGAAAUCGCAUUAGAACGAAAUGAUCCACCACCAGAUGAUUUUCAUGAACUUUCAAUUUAUCCAACAUUAACUGAAAUUUUUCAACAACAAACUCCUUAUUUACGAAAGAAUAUUACAACGGGUCAAUAUAACAAUGGAACACAUUAUCUUGAUAUUCAUUUUCGUCUUCUUCGUGAAGAUUUUCUUUGGCCAUUACGUGAAGCUAUAUGUCAAUAUAUGAGUGAUGAUAAUCGAAAUGUAUCAUUUCGAAAUUCUAAUGUUCGUUUAUAUAGAAAUACUACAUUCACAGGUUCAAUGUGUUCUCAAGCUGGAAUAUUAUUUUCGUUAUUUAUUGAUUUACAAUCAUUACCAAAAACAAUUAUUUGGACGAAUUCAAGACGUUUAAUUUAUGGAAAUUUACUAGCUGCAACAUUUGAUGAUUUUUAUACUAGUUGUUUUCUAUUAACGGUUGAAGAUCGUUCAAAUAUUGAUAAAGAUGGAACAUUAUAUGUUCGAUGUCAAAAAGAAUUAUGUGAUCAUAAAUUAAUGAGAAUUCCACCCGGAACACAUUUUACAUUAUUAGAAACUACAUCAUAUUUUGAAGCCUAUCGACCAAUUUUACAAGCAUUACAAAAUAUAAAAGAUGAUCAGAUACCACUUGAAAAAUAUUUACUUCAAUGUGAUACAAAUGUUCCUUUACCGAAUUACUUUGAACAAAAUUCUACUAUUGAUUUUCGACCUAUAUUAAUUAAAACUGGUGGUGAAUGUAAUGAAUUUGAUGGUAGUUUAAGUAAUGUUAAAGAUUUAUCAACAUGGCCUAAUGCUCAACAACUUGGCCUUGAUGAAAGUCAAUACAAAGCAUUACAAUUAGCCAUGACUAAAUCAGUAGCUCUUAUUCAAGGUCCACCGGGAUGUGGAAAAACUUAUCUUGGUGUUCGAUUAGCUGAGUUAUUUUAUCAUAAUCGUCAACGAAUAACUGGUUGUGAACGACCAAUUCUAAUGAUUUGUUAUACAAAUCAUGCAUUAGAUCAAUUUUUAUCAUCAAUUAUUCAAAAACUUUCUCUUCAACCAGGUGAAAUUGUACGUGUUGGUGGUCGUAGCACACAUCGUCAAAUUGAACCAUUUUUAAUUCAAAAAUUACGUCUGCAAAGACGAGAUAUUCGUCUAAAAAAUGAAGAAUUAGCAACUAAAUAUGAAAUACUUAAUAAUAUUAAAAAGCAAAUGGAAGAUUGUCGUUUAAAAUAUUAUAAAUGUAGUCAACAAUUACUUGAUAUUAGUCAACUUUUACGUAUUAUGGAUCGAAGUCAAUUUUUAACAUUAAUUGAACCAAUUUUAUCAAAAUUAGAUAUUUUUCAUACACAUUGGAAUACUAAUAAAGGUGGAAUAUAUUGUUGUCGGUCAUUAGAAUCAAAAAAAAGUGAUGAAGAUGAUUCGGACGAUAGCCAAUCAGAAAGUGAAAAUGAAAGUGAAAGUGAAAAUGAAAACGAAAAUAAAAGUGAAAAUUUAUCUGUUUAUGAAAAAAUUCAACGAAUGACAAAUCGGAUUCAUUGUCAUAAAUUAAAUAAUUUAUCAGAUAGUGAUCAAAAAGAAAUCAAUCAGCUUUUUAUUAAAUGGUUAGAUGCAACACAAUUACAAAUCCUUAUUAAUAAAAUAAAAGAACAAAAUGAAGGUAUCUUUUUAAGAUUUAACAUGAUUUGCUCGUCGGAUAUUUAUUUGACAAAUCAGUUUAAAGUUGCAUAUCUGAACACUUUAUAUAAUCAUGUCGUAUAA